CUUUUCCGUUCAGCAACCGCGAUUGGAACAUGUCUUAUUCACCUGAAAGAAGGACAGAAGAUUGGCCGGAGGAUUCCAAGAAUGGGCCUUCUAAGGAUCAAGGAAACUACGAUGGACCUCCGGGAAUGCAACCUGAAGGUGCAUUGGACACUAACUGGCAUCAGGUCGUGGAAAGCUUUGAUGACAUGAACUUGAAAGAAGAAUUGUUGAGAGGAAUCUAUGCCUAUGGUUUUGAGAAGCCCUCUGCUAUUCAGCAGCGUGCUAUCAUGCCCUGCAUCCAAGGGCGCGAUGUUAUAGCCCAAGCCCAGUCUGGUACUGGCAAGACGGCUACAUUCUCUAUUUCAAUUCUUCAACAAAUUGACACUAGUAUUCGUGAGUGCCAAGCUCUUAUCCUGGCCCCUACCAGGGAGUUGGCCCAACAGAUUCAGAAGGUGGUGAUAGCUCUUGGUGAUCACUUGAAUGCUAAAUGCCAUGCUUGUAUUGGUGGUACUAAUGUCCGUGAGGACAUGCGUCAGCUGGAAAGCGGAGUACAUGUGGUUGUGGGCACCCCCGGGCGAGUGUACGACAUGAUUACCCGUCGUGCCCUGCGUGCUAACACUAUCAAGCUGUUUGUUUUGGAUGAAGCUGACGAGAUGUUGUCCAGAGGUUUCAAGGACCAGAUCCACGAUGUCUUCAAGAUGUUGUCUGCGGAUGUUCAAGUGAUCCUGCUGUCGGCUACCAUGCCUGAUGAUGUGCUGGAAGUGUCCCGCUGCUUCAUGAGAGAGCCCAUCCGCAUCCUUGUGCAAAAGGAAGAGCUCACUCUGGAAGGUAUCAAACAAUUCUUCAUCUCAAUUGAACAAGAGGAAUGGAAACUGGAGACUCUGUGUGACUUGUACGACACUCUCUCCAUUGCCCAGGCUGUCAUUUUCUGCAAUACUCGCCGCAAGGUGGACUGGCUGACUGAGUCGAUGCACGAGCGUGACUUCACGGUGUCGGCCAUGCACGGCGACAUGGACCAGCGCGAGCGCGAGGUGAUCAUGCGGCAGUUCCGCACGGGCUCCUCUCGUGUGCUCAUCACCACCGACCUGCUGGCCCGCGGGAUCGACGUGCAGCAAGUCUCCUGCGUCAUCAACUACGAUCUGCCCACUAACCGCGAGAACUACAUCCAUAGAAUUGGUCGAGGUGGUCGUUUCGGCCGUAAAGGAAUUGCUAUCAACUUCGUGACUGAAGCUGACAAGAGAGCACUGAAGGACAUCGAGGACUUCUACCACACAACUAUCACGGAAAUGCCCAAUGACGUGGCCAACCUCAUCUAAGGGGUCUGCGCCAUCUGUUCAUUCUUUGUGUCCUGCGUUCUAUUGCGAUAUUUAUACGGUGUGAGUAUUAGGAGACGCCUCCUAAGUACCGCUGUGCCCAUUUUAUUGGAACUUGUUUUAUUUGGACCGAUAUUUUCGUUUUAGUUUAAUUAAUGAAUACAUUAUACUAUAAUAGACGUAUCAAUAUAAGUUAAAUAUUAACGUAGGAAUAAGCCCGGCCCGGCCGGAUGGCCCCCGUUCCGCGCAGCCCCCUCUGCCGUCUGCGGAGGGGUCUCAUCGGGUACUGGAGAGGCUAUUUCAAUCACAAAACUGCUAGAAGGAAACAUUGUAUUGUAUCUCUUUCCAGUUGUACAUAAUGGUAACUGUUUUUGUAAUACGGUGAAUAAAUAAAUGAAAUAUC